CACGAGCAGCUCGACAAUGUUCGGGAACGUGGCUCUGGUUGUCCUCCUUGCGUUCACGUCAUGCGCUCUGGGAGAUCCGGAAGACGCUCUAUACCAGGCAGCGCGUUCGAAAUGUAUGCAGAAAAAUAAGCUCGAAAAGGAAUUUGGUCAACAGGCUAACAGCAAUGAUUCAAGAAAGUGUUUCGCUGCUUGUAUUUUGAAAAGUCAUGGAUUGCUCACUGUUGAUGGAAUAUUCGACAUCGAAAAAGCGGUGGCCGAUUUGCCCCUGGAAAUUCCCGAUCGCGAUCGGGUGGCUGCAGCAAUCAAAAAAUGUGGCAGAAAAACGGGAGAAGAUGAAUGCGAAACAGCUCACCUAGUCAGAAGGUGUCUCGUCCAUAAGUUCGCUUUCGUGCUACCAGGGGAAACACGACAUUACUUACUGCACAGAAAUUGUAUGAUUGAAAAUAACAUCAAGUUCGAAAACUUCCGACGAAUCCUAUGGAGCGAUGGCAGAAAGAAGUGUUACGAUGCAUGUGUAAUGAAGGGUCGUGGGCACUUCAAACAAGACGGAACUUUCGAUACGGAAACGGCGAUCGCGGAUUUGCCCUUGGAUUUACCCAAUUAUGAUCGAGUUGUCACAGCCAUCACUGAAUGCGGCAACGCAACCGGUACAGAUGAAUGCGAAACAGCGCAUCUAGUCAAAACGUGCAUUAUCAAUCGAUUGAAUCCAUCAUAUUGGAGGUGGAGAAAUAUUGGAGCGAUAUUGACGAAGUGUAUGGAACAAAAUGUUAUUAAGAGCGAAGACUUAAGUCACAUUCCAUGGGACGAUAAAAGGAAAAAGUGUUUCACAGCAUGUGUGAUGAAAGAACGCGGGAAUCUCAGGGCAGAUGGAACUUACGACUUCGAGAAAUCGGUUGAAAAUCUUCCUCAGGAUGUAACUCGUCGUGACGAAAUCAUCAAAGCUCUUUAUGAAUGCAGCACCAUAAAAAGCGAUAACGAAUGCCAAACUGCUUUCCUGAUUUCUACAUGUCUUCGUGCACAGCUGAGCUCCUUGUGGCGGCAAUACGAUCAUGCUCACAAUGGGCUUUAAUAUAUACGACGACACUGGCUACUUUGACUUCACUUUAAAUCGAAGCUAUUAUACGUAUAUUCCACUAGUGUUUCUUCGAAAUGAAAAUCGACAAGGAAAAUUGUAACAUUUUUGAAUUCCUAGCUUUUCAGGCAACUUAAUUACGUUUUUGGCAUAAUAAAUAAACAUUUUGAGUAGUUCAAUUGA